AUGGGUUUGGAAUUUGCAACGUGUGGCGCUAUAGUCGCAUCUAGCACUACUCUGGUGUUAUCAUUAGGCAUCAUCUAUACUAUGCAGUCGCAAAUAACGUCCAUGUGGUCCGAGUUGGAUGCUGAGAUGGAGGAAUUCAAGUGGCUAAAGGCCCUUACCAAUGACACCUGGGAAGCGAUGCUCACUCUUGGAGUGGGAACACCAUCGAACAGGCAAAGACGGCAGAUGGCCUAUGGGGGUGGAUACAAUGCUAGAGGAAGAAAUACCCAAUCAUCAAGCAGUGAAGAAAGUAAGGAAAAUUCUUGA